AUGUGCGCGGUAUAUGAUAUAAUAAUCAUCGGUGGAGGUAUUGUCGGGUUAGGAGUUUUCCGCCAGUUACUAUUAAAUGGUUAUAAGAAUGUUUUAUUAUUGGAGAAAUCAUCACAAAUAAUAACUGGUGCAAGUUGUGGUAAUAGUGGAAUAUUGCAUACAGGAUUCGAUACAGUACCACAAACGUUAGAAUCAAAAUUAGUUAAACGUGGUUAUGAACUGUAUCAGUCGUUUGCUCAAGAUGUCCCAUUACCUAUUAAAAAGAUUGGUGCUUAUAUUGUUGCAUGGAAAUCAGAAGAAUUAGAAAUAUUAAAACAAAUUCUUGAUACUGCACAUGAAAAUGGUGUAACUGAUAUAGAAGAAAUAUCACCCACUGUGUUAUAUAAACUUCAACCUCAUUUACGCGCCGAUGCUUUACAUGCUCUAUAUAUUCCAGGCGAAUGUAUAGUGGAUCCACUGUCAUUGCCUUUAAUAUUAUAUAUUCAAGGUAAGCUAUUAGGUGGUCACGUGCAAAUGAAUGUAGAAAUAACUAAUGGAAAAUAUGAUUCCGAAACAAAUUAUUGGACACUGAACGAUGGUCAAUUUAAAACUAGGUUAGUCAUUAACUGUGCUGGAUUGUAUGGUGAUUAUGUUGAAAAAAUUCGUAUCAGCCAGCAAACGUUGUCAACAUCUACAUUUACUAUUCAACCACGAAUGGGACAAUUUUCAGUUUAUUCAUCGCCUACAACACCACUGCCCAUAGAAUCAAUAAUUUUACAAUACCAACAAAAUUUACUAAAGGAUCGAUCCCACGCACCAGUAAAGUCGGAUAUCAAUGAUAUAUUGUAUAAUAGACUCAUUGAGUUGAUUCCUACAUUUUCAACAUUGAAUUAUCAACACGUAGGAUCGUAUACAGGUAUACGACCAGCUACCGAAUAUGCUGAUUAUCAAAUACAAUCAUAUAAUGAUUUACAAUGGAUCUGUUGUGGUGGAAUACGUUCAACUGGGUUAACAUCAUCAUUAGCAAUAGGAGAAUAUAUUUCUGAGAAAAUAAACGAAAUGACACCUAUAAAACGUGAACUUGUUUGCGAAGGAUAUUCAUCAGAACGAUACAAUCAAUCAUUAGAAGAAUUAAAAUCGAUGUUUACCAUAACAUCAAAUGGACUACAACCUAAGUUAAUUAAGAACGAAUCCAAUGUUUUACGAACAUUAACAGGCGAUAUCAAAUUAGGUGAAAAUAUCAAAACAGUAAAUUUAAAAAUCAGUUGUGGCGAUGAAGUUCUUGAUAUUUCACAUUCGUUAUUAAAAUUAGCAUGGAUUACAAAACAUUCCGAAGGAGCCGAUGACUCAUAG